AUGGAAUUAUUCAAUCUAAGACAUUCUUCAUUGAGGUCUAAGAUUGAAUCUGCAUUUGGCACGUUGAAGAAUCGUUUCAAGAUUUUGUGUGCUAAGCCGCAUUAUCCUUUUCCUAUACAAGUAGAUAUCGUAUUGGCAUGCACGGUACUCCAUAAUUUCAUUGCAACUGUAGAUCCAAGUGAUGAACUACUCAACGAUGAUGAAUUUAAUAAAGCUAUUGAUGGUGAGGUGACAUUCGAGAAUGACACUAAUUUAGUUGAUUUUACUCAAAAUCAAACCCAAAGAGAGCAAACUGAAUCAAGAAAUGAGUGGAAGACUCUUAGAGAUGACAUUGCUUGGGCGAUGUGGGUGGACUACUGUGAUAAGUAUAAUCAUGGUGUAACCACAGAGACUUGA